UGAACAUUCUGCUAAACCCACCUUGCCUGCCAAAGCAACUCUUUCUUAACUCCGCGGAGUCGUCGUUUUCGUCAGCAAUUACCUAAGACUCUCUGCAGCCCUAUCGCAAAUCGCAGAUCGGCGAUCGGCCCUUCCGCUUCCCUCCCUGAUUAAAUCAGUUACGACGUUCGACGCUGUUUCCUUCAACUAUCCUGAGUCCAGGGACAUCUUCAGAGUGAUCAUGUCUCUUGCGCUGCGAUGCUGCGAUGCUUUUGCUGCUGCAUCCCAAUCGCCGCCUUAUUCCACGCACAAGGCUAACCCUUGCUCCGAACUGCUCGGGAAGAAACAUUUUUUUGGAUUCUUAGUGCAGUGGACUAUUGAGAAGCGUGAGAAGAUAGAGGAAAAAUAGCUCUUUUGACAAAUUUUUGAAAAAGAAUUCUUUUUCCUUUAUCCCAUUAACUUUGACGUUGGGUUCUUACAAGUAAAUUGGGACGAUGUUGGAAAAAAUUGGCUUGCCUCCAAAGCCAUCAAUGCGAGGAGCAAAUUGGGUGAUUGAUGCAUCUCAUUGUCAGGGUUGUUCUUCUCAGUUCACCUUUUUUAAUAGAAAGAUAAGUCCUUUAACAUAUGCUUUUGGCACAGGUAAUUCAAAACAGAUACUAAAGACUGAGGAUGAACUUCUUGGUGAGAUUUUGGAAACUAAUGGGAAGCAUUUGAUGCCUUCCAGAAAAGAAUCGCACAUGCUUUCGGAUUCCCAGGGAGUCUUUCGUAGUGCCUCACAUGCAAGUUCGAGUAUGGUUUCAGAUAACUCUGGUGGAGAAGAUCGGAGUAUUUCCAUUGAAGGGCAUAAUGAUGUCCACAUUGAUGGUGAAUCCACCAGCCCAGAGGAUUUACGCCAGAAAGCAAUGGAAGAGAAGAAAAGAUUUAGGACACUGAAGGCAGAAGGCAAGGCUGAGGAAGCACUCAAGGCUUUUAAACUUGGGAAAGAAUUAGAGAAGCAAGCUGGUGCUCUUGAGAUUGCAAUAAGGAAAAACCGAAGAGCGGCUGGAAAAGUUUCAAUCAGCAGCAGGGUUAGUACAGAUAGUAUGCAUGACAAUGAAGCAGUUGGCACUGAGAAAACAGGCGCGUCCUUAAGGAAUAAAGAGGUGAAGGAUGAUCUAUUCGCCGAGCUUAGGCAGUUGGGAUGGUCUGAUGCUGAACUUCGUGAAGCAGACAAAAAGCCUGCCAAGCUUAGCUUGGAAGGUGAACUCUCAAAUCUUAUGGGAGAGACUUUUCAGAAAUCAGAAAUUGAUUGGAAAAAAAGUGGCGUUGAUAAUAGGCAGGUUGUUGCUCACAAGAGGAAGGCUCUAUUAUUAAAACGAGAAGGGAAGCUCGCUGAAGCUAAAGAGGAAUUGAAGCAGGCUAAGAUAUUGGAAAAGCAACUUGAAGAGAAAGAACUUCUGGGUGAGGAGGCUUCAGAUUCCGAGGAUGAGCUCUAUACUUUAAUAAAGAAUAUGGGCGAUGAAAAUCAAGAUGAUCUAGAGAAUGAUUUUGAUGUUGGUGCAAACUUUGAACACUUUCUUAGUGCCACAGAUGAUCUCCCAAUUGAUGGCAAUUUAGAGGUGACAGAGGAUGAUAUGAAUGAUCCAGAGAUUGGUGAUGCCUUGAAAUCAUUUGGUUGGUCUGAAGAAGAUGAUAAUCAUGAACAAAAAAAUGCAUCAGAAUCUGUUCCUUUCAAUCAAGAAGCGGUUCAAGCCAAAAUCCUUAAUUUGAAGAAGGAGGCUCUUAGCCAGAAACGGGCUGGAAAUGUUCCUGAAGCAAUGGCUCUUCUUAAGAAGGCAAAGCUUCUUGAGCAGGACCUUUCCGACUCGCAAAUGCCUGAACCGGGAUUUUCACAGAAGACUCUUGAUAAUCAAAUCAAUGCACCUAAAAGUAAGAUCGUGAUUCAGAAGGAGUUACUAGCCUUGAAAAAGAAAGCACUUACUUUGAGAAGGGAAGGACGGGUAGAUGAGGCAGAUGAGGAACUGAAAAAAGGAAAGCUUCUUGAGCAGCAGUUGGAAGAGUUUGAGAAUACUUUAAAGAAACCUGUAAUGGCACUAGACAUGAAACACGUGGCCCAUGCCCAAGAUAGUGAUAUUGGGACCCUUGAUCUUGGAGUGGAUAGUGCAGAACCAGUUGUAACUGACCAAGAUAUGCACGAUCCUACAAUGUUAUCAGCUUUGAAGAAUUUAGGGUGGAUUGAUGAUGAAUCUGUUUCGCUGAGCGGAACAAAUUUCGCCUCCAAACCUUCCAACAGCCAUUCUGUGAAUGAAAGUGUGCCCGCUACUAUUCCUUGGAUGUCGAUGAGAAACAAGGGAGAAAUUCAGAGGGAAUUAUUGGCUAUAAAAAGGAAGGCCCUUUCCUUGAGACGCCAAGGGAAGACUGAGGAAGCUGCAGAAGAGUUGGAGAAGGCGAAGGAUCUGGAAAAGCGUUUGGCAGACUUGGAAACACAAAGUUCAGGAUCUCUGGUGUUCCUGGGACGAAGCUUGCAUUGCUUUCCCCGCUGUACCCCUAGCUCGGAUUCGGUCACGUGCGUGGCUUCAUACCCAAUCCCGGUUCGGCAUUCUGGUUGGGCUUUAUUACGCUUGCAGAGCGUAUGA